ACUUAAGUGCGUGUAAUUAAUAUGUAAACCAAACGUUUUUCAUCAAAAAAAUGUACAUGAUUAUUUGAAUAUCGAGUCGGCUUUAUUAUGUUUUUAUAGGAUUGAUUCAACUACUUGGACUAGACUGACACCAUGAUUAAAAGUAAACUCUUAGUGGUCUCAAUAGUCACGGUGGUGGUCUUUAUCCAAAGCGUCAACUCCGAAUCAGACACAACUAAAUCGCUUACGAUUUCUGACAUCUACCAGACCACUGAAAAAUCGUUUUUAUCUAACGACAAAUCGUUGGGAGAAACCACCAUUAAACCAACGCCAACAGAAUCUUUAGGGCUCGUGGAUAUCGCCAAAAUACAAAUUUCAUCCACGAAUACAUCUUUGAAGGAGUCCCAUCAGGAGAACCAAGAACUCCCUGACUUGUUGGACGUAGCAGUUGAGAGUGAUGGAUUUAUUACAUUUUCAAACAACACCCAAGGGUCACCAUACAUCCAUAACGGCUCAAUAAACACUACUAAAAGCAAAUUACCGGUCAUAGGUAGAUCUCUAGACACUGGAACGGUAAACGAUCAUUCAAUGGAAAUUCUAGCUGAAACCUCGUUAUCAAGUAUUAACUCAUCGCCGUUUUUUGGUCGUGGCAAAUUCGUUAAAAACGCAUACAACAGUAAAUCUGACUAUGAUAUGGCACUGGACCGUCAACAGGAGGGAAAUUUUAUCGUCAACGCCGAUGUAUACAAAACGAGCAGACAAUCCAAUAAAUACAACGAGCCGGCUGUAAUCGAAACCGAUAUAACUGUACACGAAGACGAGACACCGCCCGCUUACGGUAACCCGUACGAACCCGACCAGGGUAAUGGUUACGACUCGGGUUACAGCGGCGGUAACAGCGGAUAUGUCUAUGGCGAUCAGAGUGGAGCAAACGGCGGAUAUGGCGGUCACGGUGGCGGAAGUGGCGGAUAUGGCGGUAACAAACACAAUAUGGUCCAUAACGGUUGGUCAGGUGGCCAAAACCACGGUGGAUACCACCACUACGACCGUCCGACCAUUCCGAUGCACACGUACAGUCACCCGGUGCCUAUUAUAGCCGAAUACCGUCGACCGCACCAUCACAAGUCGAUGAUCGACUGGCACAAGAUUGGCAUUUUGGCCCUUCUGAAAAUCGGACUCGUCAAGUUGAAAAUAUUCGCCUUCCUCAAAACUGUGUUCAUGUUGCUGCUUAAGCUCAAACUGUUUUUGAUCGCGUUGUUUUUCAAGUUUCUGUUGCUGUUGAAACUCAUGAAGUUCCUAAAACUACUCCUGGUACCUUUGCUCCUGUUGGCGCUUUCGCCUCUGCUCCUGCCACUGCUCUUGCCGCUGAUACUUAUGCCGCUGUACCGGCUGUUUACGCUGCUCACAGAACCGGUGUUGGUGCCGAGCAGUGCCAACGGCACCGCGUCGAGUAUUACACGAAGCCAGCUCGAUCCGCUACGGAUGGUCGAUCCGGGAAUGAUCGAGUUCCGCAAUGUAUUGCAAUCCGAAAAAUGCGUCCAAAGAAUUGCCUGUAGAAUGGCUACUACCGAACAAUCGGGCAUAGCUUCCUCGUGGAUAAAUUGGGUGUUGCGUCGAGUGACAAAGUAUUUUUCCAACAAAACUCUGGAAACUUACCUGACAACAUACGAAGACGUCAAUGAUUAUUUGUACAAGAAAUCACCGGUUCCAAAAGAUUGGUCGAGUUGGUGCAGAGAACGUUACGAUUGCAACAAUAGCGAAAAUACAAUUAGCAAAAAAUAAAUGACAAUACGUUUUAUUGCGACGUAAUAAACAACUAAUUUUUGAACAGUAACACCGAUACCUAUGUUGUAAAUACACGAGUACACUAUUAUAUUAGGUACCUAUUGAUACGCGAAAAUCAUCCUUAAUUGUGUUUUUUUUAUUGAUAU